GCUGGCUGCUACAUCCAUGUCGCAAAGCGGCUGCGAGGAGCACUGGGGUGCCUUGGUUAUCUAGUGCUGGUGUAUUUACGGCCUGGAUUAAGGUGCUUUUGUUAAUGCAUCAUGCCAAUCGUGGAAAAGUUGAAGGAUGCCCUGAAGCCAAGCAGGAAGGACACGGAGGACAAUGAUUUGGGGAAACUGCUAGCUUCCUCUGCUAAGAAGAUUCUUCUUCAAAAGAUAGAGUUUGAACCUGCAAGCAAAAAUUUCUACUACCAGCUGGAGACCCUAAAAAGCAAAUAUGUAUUACUGACUCCAAGGUGCCCAACUGGUACCCCUCAAAGGACCUUGGAAGGUGCACCGAUAUGUAGGCAGAGUUAUGAUGUUCCUCCUGGUUCUGAUGGGAUUCCAUCUCCACAGAAAGUCCUUUUCCCUGUCGAAAAGUUGUCUAUGAAGUGGGAGAGAGUGUCUAGGGUGGGAGCUGGUCUCCAGAAUCUAGGCAACACUUGCUUUUUGAACUCCACCGUGCAAUGUCUGACUUACACCCCCCCACUUGCCAACUACCUGCUGUCCAAAGAGCACAGUCGCAACUGUCAGCAGGGUGGAUUCUGCAUGUUGUGCAUCAUGCAGAAUCAUCUUAUCCAAGCCUUUGCAAACAGUGGGAACGCCAUCAAACCAGUCUCCUUCAUUCGAGAUUUAAAGAAAAUUGCACGUCAUUUCCGUUUUGGGAGCCAGGAAGAUGCCCAUGAGUUCCUACGUUAUACUAUAGAUGCCAUGCAGAAAGCCUGUUUAAAUGGCUAUGCCAAGCUUGAUCGCCAGAGUCAAGCUACAACCUUGGUACAUCAGAUAUUUGGAGGUUAUCUACGUUCUCGAGUAAAGUGUUCUGUGUGUAAAAGUGUGUCUGACACCUAUGACCCGUAUUUGGACAUCGCACUAGAGAUCCGGCACGCUGUUAAUAUUGUUCGUGCGCUGGAGCUGUUUGUAAAGUCAGAUGUCCUGAGCGGCGAGAAUGCCUACAUGUGUGCAAAGUGUAAAAAGAAGGUGCCAGCCAGCAAGAGGUUUAGUAUUCACCGUGCUUCCAAUGUCCUCACCCUCUCUCUUAAACGGUUUGCCAACUUUAGUGGAGGUAAAAUCACAAAGGAUGUGGGGUAUCCAGAAUUCCUAAAUAUCCGUCCAUACAUGUCUCAGAGCACUGGAGACCCUGUCAUGUAUGCGCUUUAUGCUGUCCUGGUACAUUCUGGGUACAGCUGUCAUGCAGGCCACUACUACUGCUACGUGAAGGCCAGCAGCGGGCAGUGGUACCAGAUGAAUGAUUCCCUUGUUCACUCCAGUAACAUCAAAGUGGUACUGAACCAGCAGGCUUAUGUUCUCUUCUACCUGAGGAUCCCAGAUUCCAAAAAGGCUUGUGAUGGUUCUAUGUGUAAGGUGACUGCUCCUCCAAUAGUGCGUCCAAGUUCUGUCCCACCUAGCAUAAAGAAGACUAUUUCUAAUGGCAACCUUUCUUCACCUCUUAUUGGGAAGAGGCCUGAUGGAUUACAGAUAAAGAGACCAACUGCUUUGGAGGAGAUAGGUGUACCAGUUUCUCGGCCAUCUUUUUCUUCUGGGAUUAAAGCAUUGAAUGGAACUUCUCGUCCCAGGCCACUGAGUGCUGGUCCAUCACCUAAGCUGAGCUCAAAGCCUCUCCAUGCUCCUUUUAUUCUGGAUGACCCUCUAAACAGAGUAAAGAAGCCACCAUUGUGUACAAGUGAUGACAAAAACAAGCAAGAGAAUGCUAAGCAUAGCUGGGAGACCACAGACAUCAGCCCAUCUCUGUCGCCCAAAACUCCAACCAGGAACCCAGAACACCAGAUUGAAGCUGCUAAGGAAACUCAGGAGGAGAGGAAUGACAUGCCUAGAUCAGAUUCGCUCGCCAACAGCACAGAUUCUUCCUUAAGUCCCCUCAUGGAAAAGAACACUUCGUCCAACAGCUGCCCCCCACACAGUCCGGGGGAGAUGGAUUCAGACAGUUUAGCAGAGACUAAGGCUCCAAAAUCAAAAUCUCCUUCCUUAGCAAGUGUAUGUGAGGCUUUAACUACAAUGUCACCACCACCUGCAAAGAAGCUGGCACUGUCUGCCAAAAAGGGCAGCAUGCUGCAGAGGGAAAACAGAAAUGACGCUUAUUCCCCUUCUCGCUCAUCCCUCAUCACUGGUCCUGCUUGUCCCGCAUCCCCCGGUCCCACCUCACCUCGGCUGCUCCAUAAACAUCGAGGGUGCUCUUCAUCUGUCGAGGGGUCCCCCGGAGAUUGUACUCACAUUUCCAAUAAAUAUGAAGCUCACAAAUCAAAUGAAAAACAGAGAAAACAAAGUCCAGAGGGGACCCAUCGCAUCACCUCAGUCAAUCACUCAUCCAAUCAUAACUCACAAAAUGAGGCUUCACUUAUCAAAUCAUAUCAUGGGAGCAAGGAUAGUGUAUCACAUACCGAAAGUCCACCCAGUCCCUCAAAACACAAAAAGAAAUCCAAAUCAAGAGAUUAUGAUGUCAGCGACAGCAUGAAAACAGCAACCACAGAGGAGAUGAGCUCCAGGAAGAGAAAAAAGAAAAAGAGACACAGAGAAGAGAGAGAGCGGGUGGAGAUAAAAGGCUCUCACCUGGAAAAAGAGGAAAGACAUGAUUAUGUGUCCGAUAAAACCAGAACAGAACGUAAAGAUCAAACACAUACCUCAGGGCACCACCACCGACAAAGACACCGCUCUACAGAUCGUUCAGCUAGAUCAAGAAGCCCCAGUGAAGUAGCGCACAAGACAGAACAUAAAAAAAAGAAGAAACGGAGGAGAGAGAGCAGCCACCACACAGAGGACAGUUUGCACCGUGAACAGGCAGCAACGGAUAGAUAUACCAGGUCUUACGAUGAGGAUAACGUGGGCAGAAAAAAGAAGAAAAAGCAUAGAACAGACAAGCAUGAAUCUCACAGUAAGGAGAAAUGCGGCGAAUCUGUAAGGCAAGAGCAUGCACCAAGGGAGGCAAAAUCAAGCGCAGAUCGUGAGAAGCCAUCAGCUACUGUUUUUGUGUGGGACAGCCAGAUCCGGGAUGGUUACAAGCGUAACUCGUAUACCUCCACCACAGAAAACCCUGUCCGGCCAUCUUGGGAUGGCAAGAAGGAGUCAACUGUGGUCCAGGAACUGCUCAAGAGUUCAAGUGACAGAGCAUAUGGGACAAAAGUGCUUACCUGGGAUGGUGACACGUCUGCUGUGAGCCGUGAUGCUGCAUAUGAUGCUGAAGAUGCCAAAUACAACACAGUGAUAGACGAGUGGGAUGAAGAGUUUGACAGUGGGAAGGUAAAAAAGCUAAAAUUCAGGCGGGACAAAUGGAGGAACAAUAAUGGCUUCCAGACAUUACAGAACCGGCGCAACUUCUGGUCUGUCACCCAUUCUGGCCACUUCUCCAGCAUGGGAUACAGGUUCUAAGCCGCGCUGACAAGAUGACAAUGGAAUACAGGAGGAUUCUUAUCUAAGGUGUUAAACCAAUUACAAACAAAGCUACCUCUUCCUGCUGUCAAUCAGGACACCCUCAGUCUGUGUAACACAUGACCACUACAGUGGUGUGACACUAAACUUAAAAAGAGGGAAGAUGCUUGUCCAUUAGUGAAGUGGAUCUCUUUGGACUCAUUUUCUGGCUUUGCUAUGAGCAACUAGUGUGGUUACGUAGGUAGCCACUGGACAAGUGACUUGAUGUGUGAAGUUAUGUUCUAUGUGGGGGGUACAUCCCUGCUGUACUGUUUCUGAACAGUCUGUGUCUUCUUUUUGAGCUCCAACAAUUCCCAUGCUUCAUACUCAGCAUAACUGGAUGCACAUGGAUUAAAAUGUGCUGUCCGUAUUCCGCUGUACCAUGAGAUCAUACUGUAAAAUCACUGGCUAUGUCCAUCCUCAUACUAAUUUCCAGAGAAUAACAAUAAAUACCUUAAUUCUUCCGCUUGUGCUGGAAAAUUCAACCCCACGCCUUUAAUAAGAACCCACAAAAGUGUAAAGCCUGUUGCAUUUUUAUUUAUUUUUUUUGCAACAAAUUUUAUAUUCUCCCUUUCACAUAAUAUAAUUUUGGGGUAAUAAUAGAAUAAGAACAUAUGAGUUGGAGCACAAAAACUUUGCUUUGUAAUUUUUAAAGGGAUUGACAUAAUAAUUCUCUCCUUGGGGAAAAAAAAAUAUAACUAGUGGGUAAUCAAAAAAGCUUAUUUUGAUUUAUCAUCCAUGCUGUGAAAUCAUUACCAAUUAAUAAUUAGUUUUAUUGUACCAGACAGAAUCAAAUCCUAGCUCCCUACUUGGUUUUUCUUUUCUUUUGUAAUUCUACAAGGAUAUAAACUUUGAUGCGCUUUCUCAAAAAAAAAUCAAACUGCUUCAGCAAGAUUCUACUUGGGUCUUUGCAUAACAAAGAAAAUGAUGUCACUGAGAACUUGUGAUCAGUUGUAAAUAAUGUAUUUUAACUUGUUGUGUCAUAAAUAUAAACAUAUCAGGGGACCCCACUACUUGUGUGAAAUUUUGUCUUUUGUAUAAGGUUCUAUAAUCAGUACAUUUUUACAGUAAGAAUGGUUUACAUAAUAGUUUGGUGGUAAUAAUCAAAACUUAUUGAACUUUAUUUCUAAAAGGCAGAAUUCAUUAUGUACAUCCAGGUACAAUUUAAAGGUUAACAUCAUUUUUCUUUUGGGGAAAAAUUGUGCUUUGUCCUACGCUUCCUAGAAAGGCCAAAACGCAAAAUCUGUUAACUAGGUUUUUAAAAUGUUGCAAACUGCCUACAUCAGCUAUUUGAUUUGCAGUUUACAGAAUUUGGCCUCUCUAAGGGAGUGUGAGACAAAACACAACUUUUACACAAAAGCAAGAGGUUUUUAAUGUCCUUUUAAGCGCUUGUCCAUCAUUUUGUACGCUGUGAAUACAUCUUAAGUCGGACAGUGUUUGCAUUUUUCAGGUAACAUUGGAUAUUUUAGAUUGUUAAUAAUGUUUAAAAAUAUCUUCUGUUUGCCUACUUGUAAAACAAUGGUUAAAGCAUUACAAAAAGUGUUUUAUGUGUUAUAAAUGUAGUAAACUUACUUGUUUGCUAGCACAAAUGCAACCAUUGCUUUUUCGCCAUGCCUUACAAUAGAAGUUUGGUGUUAACAGAAUUUGAUGGAAUACACUUCUUUAUAUUCAAAUUUCCCAUUCAUACCUUAUUCUAUGCAACCUUUAAAUUGAAUAUGGAAAGAUUAUAUAUAUUAAGUGAAUAGGCUCUCCUAUCUAAAAUUUAAUUUGAAGUCAACUGCUGUCUGAUAAAUCUAGGGGAGUGUAUAUUGUUUACUAAUUUAUUGGAAAAGGGUGAUAUUUAUGACUGUACUAAAAAUGAUUUCUAAACUUUAUAUACUAUUAUUCCGGCAAGAUUAUUUUUUUAAAUAUUUCAAAUGUAAUAUAAAACAAACAAAUAUGUAUAUUGGGUCCCUUUUAAGAAGUAAAACAAAGAGCAGUAUAUAAGCACAGUGAUUUUUUUCCCUGAAAAAGAGUUAAAACCAUUGAAAGUUGAAACUAACAUAGCAGUGUCAUUUGUGAACUUCCCGCUAAGGCUCAUUGGCUGACAGUUACUUCCUGCUAAGGAUAAUUGGCGUAUAGAUACUUCCUAUCUAUCAGCCAGUACAUAACUGAUACUGCUUGUUUAGAUUCAAGUUAAAUUUAAAAAGAUUUAAAUACUGCUUUCAUAUGAAUAAUAUAAAAAAGAAUUGAGUACAAUAACCCUUAAUGUCACUUAAGUGGGUAUCCAACGAUAUUUGUACAUCUGAUUCAAAAUGUAUAAUGUGUGUAUGCGUGUGUUAGUAUUCACAAGAAGUGUAUGAUGGCAUCAUUACCCUUUUAAACUAAAGGUUUAUUACCUGAUAUGCAUUUAUUAGCGCCUCAACCUGACUGUUUUACCAAAAAACAAAAGCAUAUGUACAAAUUAUAUAUAAAUGUAAAGUGUAAUGCAAAUCUCUGGAGACUGGACUGUAUCUUCUGCCAAUAUAGUGGGAAUAUGUCUUCCCAUCCUGCAAUAAAGCAGAUGUAAUAGAACAAA